AACACAUGGAGACCGAGAGCGAGCUGUCGUCCAGCGUGGAGGAGGCCUCGCCGUCAGCGGCCACCAACUGGAGCGGCGGCAACGGGUCAGAGGCGGCGGCCAGCUGCGAUGUGUCGCCGCAAGUGCCCGAGGGCAUCCAGGCACUGAUGUACCUCAUGUACAUCGCCGUAUCGGUGGCUGCCAUUGGCGGAAACGGCAUCGUCUGCUACAUCGUCAUCGCCUACCAGCGCAUGCGCACCGUCACCAACAUGUUCAUCAUGAACCUGGCCAUCGGCGACAUCCUGAUGGCCUGCCUUUGCAUUCCGUUCACGUUCGUGUCCAACCUUCUGCUGGGCUACUGGCCCUUCGGCGGCGUCAUGUGCGUACUGGUGACGUACGCGCAAUGCGUGACCGUCUUCAUCUCGGCCUACACGCUGAUCGCCAUCUCGGUGGACCGGUACACGGCCAUCGUGUACCCGCUGCGGCCGCGGAUGACGAAGCUGCGCUCCAAGCUCAUCAUCGCGCUCGUCUGGCUCGUGGCGCUGGUGACGCCGCUGCCCACGGCGCUCGUGACGCAGCUGGUGCCGCACCCGUGCGCCAACCGCACCUACUACUGCCUCGAGCAAUGGGGUCGGCCCGAGCAGACCGCCUACUACAGCAUGGCGCUCAUGAUCCUCCAGUACUUCUUCCCGCUGCUCGUGCUCAUCUUCACGUACACGCGCAUCGCGGUCGUCGUCUGGGGAAAGGAGACGCCCGGCGAAGCACAGGACGCACGCGACCAGCGCAUGGCCGCCUCCAAGAGAAAGGUAUAG